UAGUUUUGAAAUGUGAGAGGUGCUAGUAGGAUGUGAUGUGAUUUUAAUUUACAACGAACUUUUAUUUUAUUAUUUUUGUUUAAUUAUCGCUACGUUUUACCUUGACACGAUGUGAAUAUGAUCUACAUUUCCUUAGCAGUGUUUUAGUGUGCAACAAUUGUUAAAAUGAAAGUGAUUGAAGCGAAAAUCGUCGUUUUGGGCUCACAAGGUAAAAUAAGCCAGGGGUAGGCAAAACCAGCCUGGUAGUUCGUUAUAUCGGCAAAAUGUUCUCCAAACACAUCUCACCGACAAUCGGCGCUUCUUUCUUCACGUGCAAUAUCAAUGUUGACGACGCGAGGGUAAAACUACAGGUGUGGGACACAGCAGGGCAGGAAAGGUUCAGGUCUAUGGCUCCGAUGUACUACAGGAAUGCUAACGCAGCAUUACUGGUCUUCGACAUCAGCAGCGGGAGCAGUUUCGCUGCCAUCAAGAGUUGGGUGAAGGAGCUUCAAAGCAACGUGCCGGAAACGAUGGUGCUCUCGCUGGUGGGCAACAAGUGUGACCUGGAGGACGCCCGCGCAGUGUCCCGCAGCGAGGCCACGCAGUACGCUGCCUCCAUCGGAGCGUAUUACUGUGAGACCUCGGCUUUGCAUGACCAGGGCAUAGACCAAGUAUUCCUGAAGACUGCUACUGAACUCCUCGAGUUGUCAGAGACAAACAGCAUGAGCUCACUGCGAUCGUACCACUCCGACGGUGAGGGGCUGUCCACGGGAUCGCCGCCAGAACUAGCGGCGUCGGCGCCGGCGCUGGCGUGCGGUGAGCUGCAGCGCAACGCGUGCUGCUGACUCCUACUGGAAUUUCAUCACCGCUGGAACGCUGCUGUUGCCUGUCAGCUGCCAAGGCUACGAUGCAGGUAAACAUGUGCUGCUGACUGUACUUCGUACUCAGUGAUUUCACAAUUUACUUAUG